AUGUUCGUCUACCAUCAGGGUGCUGCCACUGCGUACCUCCUAUUGUAUGUCGACGACAUCAUCCUAACAGCGUCCUCCACUGAGGUCCCUCAUCAGCUUACUGCCCGUCUUCAAGACGAGUUUGCUCUCAAGGAUCUGGGGCCCCUGCACUAUUUCCUUGGCAUCGAGGUCAUACGCCGCACGGAUGGCUUCUCUCUGCAUCAGCAAAAGUACGCCUAUGAGCUACUCGAGCGGGCUGGCAUGCUUAACUGCAAGCCUGCCACUACACCUGUUGACACGAAGGCCAAGGUCUCUGCCCUAGAGGGUUCUCCUGCACCGGACGCCACAUUUUAUCGCUCCAUCGCCGGUGCUUUGUAG